CAGCGCUGUUACGUCGUUUACGCGCGGGCACAACAAUGGACUCUGAGUCUGACAUUUUGUUGCUAGCUAGCUGGGAAAGCAGCUAGUACAUAAUUUUCGUGCAGCUAAACCGUUAACAUGUCUUUAUAUUGAUUUAUGUAGCUAUAUUAUAUAUCAUAUAAUUGACAUAGCAGCUAAACGACGUGCAAAAGAUAACACUGUGCCUUCGAAAGCGGAAUAAUGGAAUUACUUCCUGUGCUAGAUCCAGAGGACAAACCACAAGCAGGACUGUGGUAUGCUAUGAUACCCAGAGGAGGAGGUCCAGGAGUUAGUGUGGGCCACACCUGUAUAUACAUCCCCUCUGAUGAUGAUGGCAAGGGGAAGGUCCUGAUCAUAGGAGGAGCCAAUCCUAAUGGCAGCUUUUCAGAAUCCCAUGUCAUAAACCUGGACAGUCACGAGUGGGACAUUCCUGGGUGGGAGGGUCUGGAGGCGCGGUAUGAACACUGCAGCUUUGUCCCUGAGAGCUGUCCACAGAGCCUGUGGGUGUUCGCUGGGGCACAGCAGAGUGGCAACCGCAACUGUGUCCAGAACUUACAACUCACAGACGGUGGGUCGUGGAAGGGUGUAGAGGUGAAAGGGACGCCCCCCUGUCCCAGGACGUAUCACACUAACUCAGCCAGCGUCGGGGACCGACUGUUUGUCUUCUCUGGAGGGGACUCAGGGGCCACACCUGUCUCGGACCCCAAGCUUCACGUCUUCGACACAGUUUCCUGCACCUGGUCUCAGCCAGACACACAGGGCAGACAUCCUCCUGCUAGACACGGCCACAUGGUGACAGCGGUGGGAUCCAAACUCUAUAUCCAUGGAGGUGUGGCGGGAGAGAAGUUCCACAGCGACAUCUACUCUCUGGACACCAGCAGUAUGAAGUGGGAGAAGGUCCAAGCCAAAGGAGACAUCCCCCCGGGGGUGGCUGCCCACUCAGCUGUGGCCCUCGGAAAGAACAUCUACAUCUUUGGCGGGAUGACCUCAGAAGGGGCCAGCAAUGCAAUGUACAGAUUUCAGUGUGACAAAAGGCGCUGGACCCUGCUGAGGUUUGAAGGGGACGUGCCACCCAACAGACUGGACCACUCCAUGUGUGUACUACCCUGGAAAGUGAGGCCUGAGAGCAGCAGUGGAGAGGGUGACCAGGCUCAGAGCGCCUCAGCAUCAGAGACCGUACAGCUGGCAUUUGUGUUUGGAGGGAUGGACACUCAGGGGGUCAUACACAGUGACUGUGUUGUAACAGUCCUAACGUGACCUUGAUAGUUACUGCUAUGGGAAAUGCAGUGUAUGUGCCUGAAUGUUUAAAUAUUGUAUGGUCAAUAAAUAGUUUUGCUAAACAGUUAA